AUGGCAGCAUCCCUGAUUGUGAGCAUCCCAUUGGCGGUGGCAGCAGUGGGAGCGCCGCUGGGGGGAUGGCUUGCUGACGUGGCAGGGAGGAGGCGAGCGUUUCAGAUUGCAUCCCUGCCGUUCAUUGCUGGAUCGUUGCUCAGUGCUGCAGCAUCUACCACGUGGCACAUGGUGAUUGGUCGAGCGCUCGUUGGGGUUGGUCUGGGAAUCGUAUCUGGCGCAGUUCCUCUCUACAUAUCAGAGGUAACCCCCACCUCUUCUCGCGGCACUUGGGGCACGUUAGCUCAGCUCUCCACCAGCACUGGCGUCUUCUCUGCCUUACUGGCCGGCCUGCCUCUGGAGCAGCACCACAGCUGGUGGCGUGGCAUGUUUCUCCUCGGCUCUCUGCCUCCCUGCCUCUUGCUGCUGGGCAUGGCACUGGCCGCACCAGAGACCCCCCGCUGGCUACUUCUGCACCACAGCAUGCAUGCAGCAGCACGAGCAGCAGUGAUUCUGAGAGGAACGGAGGGGGCAGAAGAAGUGUUACAGGAACUCACGUCAGCACAACCAACAGCGCUGAUGUCAGCACGCCCGCCACAAGAACCAGCGAACGCGACACCACAUGAAGCAAUGAAGCCAUCCCACCCAUACUCAUCAGCAUCAUCACAGCCAGCACUAGAAACAACCAGCAUUACCCGAACCUCGCCAGCUGCUGCUGCUUCUGCUGCUCCUGGUGCUGCUGCUGCUCAUCAUGCAACAGGCGCCACCACCACCCUGCACAUGCCUUUGCUCAACAGCAAAGGUUCUGCUCCGCCCCCUGCUGCCUCUGCCUCGCUCUUCCAUCCAAAAUACCGACAAGUGCUGCUCCUUGGCGCAGCACUCUUCGCACUGCAGCAGUUCUCGGGAAUCAACGCAGUCGUGUACUUCUCCUCUCACGUCUUCCGCUCUGCUGGAUUCUCCUCGGGAAUCGCCGUCUCUGCCCUCAUCGCACUCUUCAAGCUCUCAGCUGUGCUGCUGGCUGCUCGUCUGGUGGAUUCGGCAGGGAGAAAGCCCCUUCUGUUGCUCUCCUUCCUUGGCAUGGGUUGCUCCAUGCUGUUUCUCUCGGCGGUCCUGUCCUUGCCUCUCCUGCAACCCUGUGCGCCACUUCUCUCUGUUAUCGGCACAAUCACGUAUGUGACAGCAUUCUCCUGUGGAGUGGGCCCCAUUCCCAGCCUGUUGCUUCCGGAGAUAUUCCCCUUGCAAGUGCGAGCUGCAGGGGUGGCGUUCAGCAUGCCCGUAAACUGG